AUGUUGAAGGAGCUCCAGCUGUUCUUGUCACUGGUCCUUCUGAUUGCCUGUGGCUUUCUCUACCGCCUCACCCAGAGGUCUCCCUGUCUCUUCUGCCUGCCUCCCUUCAAGUCCCCAAGAGGGCCAGAAGACCUCCUGAGUGAUGGGCGCAGCAUUGUGUUCAUAGAGACCUCAGAGAGACUGGAGCCGCCCCCGCUGGUCUCCUGUGCUGUGGAGUCUGCGGCCAAAAUCUACCCCAACCUGCCCAUCGCCUUCUUUAUGAAAGGGCUCAGCAAUGCCUCACAGCUGGCUCCUGACCCCAGCCACCCAGCCUUCUCCCUCCUCUCAGCCCUACACAAUGUUUUCUUCUUCCCUUUGGAUAUGAAAAGGCUAUUUGAAGACACACCCCUGUUUUCAUGGUACACUAAAGUCAACAGCAGUACAGAGAGAUACUGGCUCCACGUCAGCUCCGAUGCAUGCCGCCUGGCCAUCAUCUGGAAAUUCGGGGGCAUCUACUUAGACACGGAUGUUAUCUCCAUCAGGCCCAUCCCCCAGGAAAACUUUCUGGCUGCUCAGGCUUCCCGGCACUCCAGCAAUGGGGUUUUUGGGUUCCUCCCUCACCACCCCUUCUUGUGGGGUUGCAUGGAAAACUUCGUUGAACACUACAAUUCACACAUUUGGGGCAACCAAGGUCCUCAUUUGAUGACGAGGAUGUUGAGGGUGUGGUGCAGACUGGGAGAUUUCCAAGAUCUGGGUGACCUCAAGUGUCUGAACAUGUCCUUUCUGCACCCCAAGAGAUUUUACCCCAUUCCUUAUCCAGAGUGGAGGCGCUAUUACGAAGUCUGGGACACAGAGCCCAGUUUUAAUGACUCUUAUGCCCUGCAUUUGUGGAACUACAUGAACCAGGGAAAGAGGACUGUGGUGAGAGGAAGCAACACCCUGGUAGAAAACCUUUAUCGUAAGCACUGUCCCAGGACCUACAGGAACCUGAUUCAAAGCCCAGAAGAAUCAGCGACCAGGGAGCCAGGCCCGAGUACCAGAUAG